AACGACGCACGGGGACAACAUUUGCGUGACCGUGAGUUUCCUUGUUUCCUCCGGACUUUUCAUGGGCACGGAACGACUUCCGGUCGGUGAUGUCAGUUGUCUGUGCAUGCCGCUGAGAGAAGCCUCUAUCAAAGUAGUCACGUCGUCUGAAGCUCAGCCGAACCGCCACGAUGGGGAUCUUGGAGAAAAUCGCGGAAAUAGAACGAGAAAUCGCUCGGACGCAGAAAAACAAAGCCACUGAGUACCAUCUGGGUUUGCUCAAGGCCAAGCUAGCCAAAUACAGAGCGCAGCUCCUGGAGCCCAAGUCAACGGGGGCCAAAGGCGAGGGCUUCGAUGUCAUGAAAUCUGGAGAUGCUCGUGUUGCUCUUAUCGGUUUCCCCUCUGUGGGUAAGUCCACCUUUCUUAGUUUGAUGACAUCAACAGCCAGUGAAGCUGCUUCCUAUGAGUUCACCACUCUCACCUGCAUACCUGGUGUCAUAGAGUACAAAGGGGCCAACAUCCAGUUGCUGGAUUUGCCAGGAAUCAUUGAGGGUGCUGCCCAAGGUAAGGGUCGAGGUCGGCAGGUCAUUGCCGUUGCCAGGACGGCAGACGUCGUCAUCAUGAUGUUGGACGCGACUAAAGGAGAAGUUCAGAGAGAACUUCUAGAAAAGGAGUUGGAGUCGGUGGGCAUCAGACUCAACAGGUCGAAACCAAAUAUAUAUUUCAAGCCCAAGAAAGGUGGCGGCCUCUCCUACAACUCCACAGUUCCUCUCACCAUGUGCUCAGAGAAGCUUGUUCAGCUCAUCCUUCACGAAUACAAAAUCUUUAAUGCAGAAGUCCUCUUCAGGGAGGACAGCACACCAGACGAGUUCAUCGACGUCAUCGUCGGGAACAGAGUAUACAUGCCUUGCCUUUAUGUGUACAAUAAGGUGGAUCAAAUCUCCAUCGAGGAGGUUGACCGCCUGGCUCACAGAGCUAACAGUGUUAUCAUCAGUUGUGGGAUGAAGUUGAACCUGGAUUACCUUCUAGAGACGUUGUGGGAAUACUUGGCUCUGAUUUGCAUUUACACGAAGAAAAGAGGAGAGCGCCCCGACUUUAACGAUGCCAUCAUUAUGAGAAGAGCAGCGUCUGUAGAACACGUGUGCCAUCGAAUCCAUAGAACCUUAGCCAGCCAGUUCAAAUAUGCCCUGGUUUGGGGAACCAGUACCAAGUACAGCCCCCAGAGGGUCGGCCUCACACACAUCAUGGAGCACGAGGACGUCAUCCAGAUCGUUAAGAAGUAAAAACCAGCCUUUGAUGGGACGGAGGAGAGACGGAGCAGGAAGAGUCACACUUUGAGUUAGAAUGGAGGGGAAAAAAAGAUCCACUGUACAGUAAACUUACUGCAAUCAAUGAAAAAUAUCCGCCAUUCUUAUUUUGUAUAUUAAAAUGAACAAAAUGCAUUGAAGAGACCGAGCAGUCUUCAGGUGACCGUCCCCAGGAAAUGCUGUAUUUGACUUUUUGAUUAUUAUUAAGAAGAUGCAUUCAUUCAGAUAGAGAAACGAGGGGGAGGGGAGGGGGAAAUAAUAAAGUCCGUAAAAUGA